UUUUAGGAAAACAUGGACCAUAACUAGCAGUAAUCUGUUGAGAAUUUGAUAAUGAUGAGCAGAUAUGCCUAUUUGUGGGAUACAUACCACUUUGUGUGGCAAAGCUGAAGAGUUUUUAUCUACUUCUCCGGAAAAGCUAGAAAAAUUAGAAAGUAUAAAACAGCAGCUUCUGGGACUAGAAGAGAAAAAAUUGGAAAACGGCAACCUGGUCCGCCUGUUAGAGGAAGAAAUACGAAAGCAGCAAAUACGAUUGUCCAUCAAACCGAAGACCAGUGCCUUCCUUUUAUCCAGAGCGAGGAACUCAAGUUACUGGAUCUCCUCCAACCCGGAACUAUACAAGACCCUCCAGUGCAGCAGCUCUGAGACUGAGGAUAAUAAAUAUAAUGGAGACGACGAGUUUGAUGAUACUGCCAGCAACUGGUCCGAGAUUAGUGAGAGGUACUCAGCGAGAAUGCCCAAGCAGAGAAAGAAGAGACCAGUCCAACAAGAUAUAGAUGAUAUGAUGGCAGAGGAUGAGGAGGUACAGACCAUUUCUUCAGACAUUGUUCACCACCUUCUCUAUAGCACUAACGCUAAUAAGAAUCCUGACUUAGAACAAUGCGACUAUCCAACCAAACGAUCUCUGAAAGACAGGAAGUUUGUCCAAGUUACCCACUCUCGGAACGUAUCUGGGUUCUUCGGUGACUACUCGCUCUACCACUGUACUCUUCACACUGUCGGAGGUAAAGUAAUAUCGAACGAGAAACGGUAUUCAGAUUUCGUCUCACUCCGGGAAUCCUUAGUAAAAUCAUUCUCUUUUCCCCCCAGCGCUCUACCUGACUUCCCACAGAAGAAAGUUAUUGGAAAGUUCAAAGAAGAUUUCAUCUCCCAACGGAGGCAAGGUUUAGAAGACUUCAUGAACAGUGUGUACCUCAAGUAUUCCCAAGAUAUUAACACUUUUAUUGAAAUGUGGCUAACUUCAUGCAAAAACUAAAAUCAUCAUCUCAAAAAAUUGAAUGAUUUGCUCAGACAGUUUUAUGAAAUUUCGCUCGUGAGUCGUGAUACUGAUUUGCUUUAAUUUAAUCUUUUAAUCUUUAAUAAGCUUUUAAUAUAGUAAAAGGAUUCAUCCAAUUAUAAUUUACGUAAUCCAUUCUUAUCAUAUAAAUUGUGGCUAGGAACUGGGAAGCACUAAUGAAAAGCUUUGAUAAAAUCUGAUAAAUACCAAUUCCUGCCUUUUACAAAAUAACAAACAACAUCCCUAAAUUAAACCCACUCCUACAAAUACAACAACUAUCCCUCAACAAAGAGCCACAUAUAAGGACCCCAGAAGUGACACCACCACUACCACUACCAGUGGUGUGGUCCUAAGUGCAGUGUUGACACAGAGAGGAGCCGAUCUGUCCCAGCUGUUUAGAGAGGAGCAAGUUAUGGUGCUGUCUCCCACCAUCUUGUGGGAAUCCUGGCACUUGAACUCUAUCGUAUCUCCUGGGGUAGAUAGGUCAUGUGAUACUUAUCUCAUGAGAUAUGUGAUAAGAACUUGAUGGCCUGGUUGUGGUUCCUGGUCCGGCAAGACAGAAAAUUGCUGGUCAGUGAAAAAUAUUAUCUCUCGAUCUUAUAAUAGAUAAAAUCCUCGCAUUCACCAACCUGUUAUAAAAGGAGCCUGUGUGUCACUACGUUUUGUGUUCAGAGCUACUCUGUUGUUUACUGUCAUCGUCAGGUCCGGGCAUCCCGCUGAGAGUGUAUUAAGAGGUAUGAUGGGGGAAUUCAGGAAUUGUGGAGUAUGGUAUUCAAGUUUAUAAUCGGUUGAUCGGUUAUGAUGAUUGAUGUUGAGUUUUCACUCUUGGUAGCUUUAAUAUGCAUGGUACGUAUGCACCAUGUAGCAUAUGUUAUCAAGGAGCAAAGCAAGAAAAUGCGCGGCGCGACAAAGUCCCCCAAAUUUGUUGCUAUUUGUAAGUACCUGGUUGGUUUAGGACUCGCAAGACAAUGUCUAGAGAGUUGUUGUAUGUUAGGAUAUUUCUGGUUUGACAGUGCUUAAUUUGAUAAGUUUUUAUUUUGCCCUCUCUAAAUUUGUGAAGCAUGUUCACUCUGAUUAUGAUCACUAUAGGGUUAACAACUGAAGAUAUGGUACCCAUGAACUGCAAGCUUACUAUUGUUGAUUUGAUACCGAAGUAAAUGGCUGGAUCCUGGUAAUACAACUUUUCAUAAGGUGAUAUUUCUCCUUUGCUUAUUCGAUUGAUGAUGACAAUAAAACGAUCUACAGCGUAUGGUAGGUUGAACAAGAUGCAGACUACAGUUAAAAUCACCACGGUGAUUGUAGCUUUCCUUUUCCUGGCAGAGUUGUGGUUUAUCCCUGUUCGUUUUAAGUGCAGAACUGUUAUUGUGCAGCUGACAACUAUCACUAUCAUCGGGACCAAGGUCUCCACAAAAUCUGAUAUUAUCCAGGCGUAGAUAUGAGCUGGGGUGGUAUUAGGAGUCGCAUUAAUCCCGCAGAUCCGCAUUGGAAUGUCGUAUCCUGGUUUAAGAUCAUUCAGUGCAAAAAGAGUAAACUUCCCUAGCAAAUACACGAUAUACGACAACAGAAUGAUAGCUAGAUAUCUCAACUUGAGACCCAACGUUAGUGGUCUUACAAUAGAAUAGGUCCUCAUCACACUGACCACCCCUAUCAGAAACACGGAGAACCUAAAAGCCAGCAUCUGAAGAAUAUACCAAACAUAACAGAUAGGUUCCAAGUUAACACUAGUAAUGUCCGCUGUGAUGAUAUUGGUAGCAGCAGGAAGAAGAGAGACAAGGAGACAGAUAACAAGGUCAGUGAGGUUCAUGAGGCUGUGUAGGAGAGAACUGGUGAGGUGCCAGGUCCGGGAGAAGUAGAGGAGAGAGAGGAGGUUGGUGGGUGUUCCUAACAGGAGGGCCAGCAUGUAGGUCAGGGAUAUGAAAACUCGGAUCAUGCUGCUGGGAGCAGAUGCUGGUUAGUGUGUAGAUGGUGUGUAGAUGGCUGGGUUAGUAGUAGUAGUAGUAGUAAUGUGACUGGGUUAUUAUCCUGGCUAUCUUGAAUGGGUAAAUGAGGUAAUGUGGAAUACUACCGAUACUUCUAAGCAAAUCAGUGCAUUUUCAAACGAAAUUUAACGUGUAUUUCAGAAAAAGAAGAAAGAAAGGAAAAGAGGUUUAAACUAUUCGACAGACGGUUAAGGAAUGAUUGUCAAGGAUAUUAAAUGCAUCAGACCACAGAUAUGUGGCCGACAAUCGCAUGCUAACUAAGUUUAGAGACCAACAGGAUUCACAGAUUUCAAUCUGAACACCUGCCACUCUAAUGCUUGAAUUCGCUCUACUCUUUGUAAAGUAAAAGAGCAGUGUGUUAUCGAAAGUAAGUAGAAACGUUGAAGUCUAUGCGCUAAAUAAAACAAAAUGACUAAGUGCAUAUUCAAUCAAGAGUUCUAUAAACCAUUUAGC